AUGGCGAAAAGAAGAACCAAAAGAAGAACUCACCAGGCUCCGUCUACGGAGGAGUUGGCGAAAAUCCCCCGUUCCAUGGUGAUUUCGCUCGGCACGUCCCUCAAAAACCAUGCUCUUACUCAACUUGUGAAAGAUUUCAGAUUCGUGAUGCAACCACAUACUGCCAUCAGUUUACGAGAAAGGAAAGCCAAUAAACUCAAGGAUUUCAUGGUGAUGUCUGGACCUUUGGCUGUUUCAGACCUUUUUGUGUUUAAACAGUCUGAAAGUUCAGGCAAUGUGUCUUUGAGGAUUGGUAAGAUGCCUAAAGGACCAUGUCUUCAAUUCAAGGUUAACUCAUAUGCUUUGGUGAAAGAUGUGCAGAGAAUUCUUAAGCAUCCCAAGUCGGUGGGCAGAGACUCUGCUGCGUUCCAUGAACCACCAUUGCUUGUGAUGAACGGGUUCAAGAAAGUGUCUGAGGCAGAGAACCACGAAAGAUUGAUGAUCACCAUCUUGCAGAACCUUUUCCCUCCUAUUCAACCACAAACCACUAAAGUCAACACGAUCAAGAGAGUUCUCCUUAUUAGCAAACGCGAGGACGGCGAGAUCGAAUUAAGACACUAUGCUAUUGACACAAAGAUGGUGGAGGAAAGCAGAAACAUCAAGAAAUUGAUCAACUCCCACCAAACGCAUAAGAAGCUUCCAAUCAUGACCAAAGCACAGGAUAUUUCAGAUUUGAUUUUGGACCCUUAUGCUGUGGGCGGCCAAACGUCAGACAGUGAGGUGGAAGACGAUGCAGUGGUGGAAGUGAAGAACGAACAGAACAACCUUGUGCGUAAGAAGGCUGGUAUUUCUGCCAACGCCGAGGCUGGCGACGUGACCACAACCAGAAAGAGAGCCAUCAAGCUUACAGAGUUGGGCCCUAGAAUCAACAUGAACCUUGUAAAGAUAGAAGACAGCAUGAUUGGUGGAAAGACGAUAUACCACUCGAGAAUCACCAAGACCAAGAAGGAGGAGGCCGAGUUGGAAAAGAGACACCAAAAGAGACAGCAAGAGAAGGCUGAGCGCAGAAAGGAGCAGAAAGCCAACGUUGACGCCAAGUUGGCAAAGAAACAAGCCAAGAAGGCUAGAAAGUUGGCCAGAAAGAACGGCGAGCCUGUUCCUGAAGGCGAAGGCGAUGCCAGCGGCGAAAACGACGACAGUGGAAGCGACUCUGAUGCUCCUGAGAUCAAUCCUAGCGAUUACGAGAACGAUAGCGAUUUGUUCAGCGAAUAA